GAAGGCUAGGAACAGAAGUAAUUUCUUGGAUUAAGAGAGGAGCGAACACUUUCAAGCCAUCAAAGCCAAGCAAACAAGAGAAAAAUGGUGUCUACGUGCCGACAAACCCUGGGCAUUUCUCUAGGCAUGAUUGGUUUCAUCGGAGCUAUUGUGAUUUGUGUCCUUCCUAUGUGGAAGGUGACCGCAUUCAUUGGUUCUAAUAUUGUGACUGCACAGAUUUUCUGGGAAGGCUUGUGGAUGAACUGUGUGGUACAAAGCACAGGACAAAUGCAGUGCAAAAUCUACGACUCCCUCUUGGCCUUACCUCAGGACUUGCAGGCUGCUCGGGCACUUGUGAUCAUCGCCAUCAUUGUGUGCAUCUUUGGGAUCAUCCUGGGAAUUGCCGGUGGAAAAUGUACCAGCUUUGUCGAGGGUGAAAGCACAAAGGUGAAGGUGGCUAUUGCUAGUGGUGUAAUCUUCAUCAUCGCUGGAGUGCUGGUUCUGGUCCCCGUCUGUUGGUCAGCUAACACCAUCAUCAGGGAUUUCUACAACCCCUUGCUCACAGAUGCCCAAAGAAGGGAGAUGGGACCUUCUCUCUAUAUUGGAUUUGGUGCAGCUGCACUGCUGAUCCUGGGAGGAGGUAUACUGUGCAGCUCCUGCCCACCUAAGGAGGACAACUAUGGCAUCAAGUACUCUCAGCCACGGUCCGUUGCCACCAGCAAAGCCUACGUCUGAAAGAGAUCAAGCACACUAAGACUUUUUACUUGCAAAGACUCUCUUUUUUCCCUUGUAAAACCUCUUUAUUCCCAGCUGUGGAUAUUUUUUUUUUUCCCAAGGAGAAACAGUAGAAGGACAGUGUCUGAUAUGACAUAUAGUUUAUAUUCUGUUUUGUGCUGUGCUUAUACAGAUCACUGAAAGAGAAAAUUGUGAAUGUAUAAUGUGAUGAGAGGAAUCCAACACAGGGAAGCAACAGAGAUCUGUUUUUCAUAAACAAGCCAUUCUUGCAAUUUAUGUUUAAAAUUACAAUAGUAAUGGUUUUAUUAAUCAAAAAAGUUAAAGAUAUCUAACUGGUAAUAAAAUACAAUGUCUUUGGUUUUAUAAAAUGUGUGUUAACCUUCUUAUCAAGUUCGUUUUAGUUACAUAAAUUAGCAUUUUUUUGCACAAAGAUGUCUUGAUCAUUAAAUUUGUCUAAUUAUUUUAAUAUUAAAAUAAAUGGCUCUGUAAAACAA